GGCGCCUGCGCGCGGCGCUCCGGAAGUGACGCCACUGGAAGCGACGCUCAGGGCCGCGCCAUGGCUGCUAAGGUGGCGACGAGACCGCCGGCGGAAACCCUGUCGCUCUGGAAACGGGAGCAAGCCCGGCUGAAGGCCUUUGUCGUGGACCGGGACACGGAGGCGUGGCAGCGGGACCCCGCCUUCUCGGGCCUGCAGAGGGUCGGGGGCGUGGACGUGUCCUUUGUGAAGGGCGACAGUGUUGGCGCCUGCGCGUCCCUGGUGGUGCUCAGCUACCCUGAGCUCGAGGUGGUGUAUGAGGACUGCCGAAUGGUUAGCCUGACGGCCCCCUACGUGUCGGGCUUCCUGGCCUUCCGAGAGGUGUCCUUCAUGGUGGACGCGGUGCGGCGGCUGCGGGAGAAGGAGCCCCACCUUGUGCCCCAGGCAGGUCCUGUUCGUGGACGGAAAUGGGGUGCUCCACCACCGAGGCUUCGGGGUGGCCUGCCACCUUGGCGUCCUCACAGACCUGCCCUGCAUCGGGGUGGCCAAGAAACUGCUGCAGGUGGACGGGCUGGAGAACAGCACUCUGCACAAGGAGAAGAUACGACUCCUGAGGGCUGGAGGAGACUCGUUUCCACUGAUGGGAGGCUCUGGGACCGUCCUGGGCAUGGCCCUGAGGAGCCACGACCACAGCACCAAGCCCCUCUACGUCUCUGUGGGCCACAAGAUGAGCCUGGAGGCAGCCGUGCGCCUGACCCAUGGCUGCUGCAGGUUUCGGAUCCCGGAGCCCGUGCGCCAGGAGCAGGAAGGCACCAAGGCCAAGGGCAGGCCCCGAGGGAGUCUCAGAAGAGCUGGCAGGUAAGGACAGGCCCCCUGAAGCCCACAGCCAAGGCCCCAGGACACACCGGAGAGCCCCAGGCCCAGACGCCCAGGGCCAGGGCUGAGGGUGGCCCAAGCUGGUCGCCUGGAAGACUCUCGGGCUGCCCACGGCACCGCUCCAGUUCAUCUGUAGGGACUUGGGGAGCGGCCCUCCAGAGGCGGGCAGCCUGGCCCCAGGACGUGGGGACACAGCAGGCACCGCCCUGCUCAGACGGCCAGGGGGCUGCCUCCUCAUUCCGUGGUCACGAGGCCUGGUGGCCUGGAGCAAGCUCAGCGGAGGCUGGAGCUCACGCGGCAGAGCGCCAGGCCCAGAGAGAGCACCUGAGAUUAGCUUCCCAGGAGCGCAGGAAGGGGCUUGGCGUUCACGGCGAGUUUUCUGGUGUUUGCUUUGGUUUCAUUCUGAAAGCGCCCAGGUGGGCUUACAGCUGCCGGACUGUGCGCACGGCCAGGGCUCCUGGCCCAUCUGCUCCUCCGAGUACACAUGCCACUUGCUUGGUGUUCAUUUGUAACCCAGCCCUCCUCUCCCCGCCGGCCAGCCACUUGGAGCCACUUCCACCCCGGCCAGGGAGGGUCCAGCCUGGGGUGGCUGCUGGCACCCACGGGUCCUGGACAAAGGGGAGAAGAGCCUGGAAAGGGCCCAAGGGUCGGGGGACGCGCAGGCAGUCUUGGCUGCAGGGAUGGGGUGCCGGACAGAGUGCCAGCGCCAGUACCCGAGGGGAUGGGUGUCGGGCUGUGCUGCCCUGGCCUGAGGCUGUGAGGGCAGGACGCCCACUGAGGCCACAGCCCCACUGUGUGCAGGUGCCGAGAGCUCUCCCCUGUUCCUGCCAGCCCGGCUCGCUAUCCCCGCCAGCCUCUUCACCCAGCCUCCAAGUUCAUCUCCACUUGGGAAAGCAGCUCAGCCCUGUCCCUGACUUGGCCCCCCGCCUGGCCACUCCUCUCAGUGUUAGCUGAAGUCCCAGUGGAGGUCCCUGUGUGCCUCCCAAGCAGCCCCCGGUCCUCCACCUGCCGGCUCGCCCCCCAGGCCCCCUGAGGGCCCUGGAAUCUUUGCUGAGGGGAUGAGGAAGCCAGCGGAGGUCUGUCUUGCCACUUACCCUGCCUGUCGGGAAGGAGCUGGUUGUCGUGGUUCUGCAGCCUGGACCGGAAGCCCAGGGAGGCCCCGGGUCUCGGCACUCCCCCCACGGCCCUCCGGUGCCUCUCCAUUCACUCACGAUGAGAAGGGAGCUCUCCUCUGGGGCCUCGGCUCCUGAAAGAAGCAAAGGGGACAAGUGAGCAAGGCAGCCUGGGGUUUCGGGCCAGCAGGGUGCUGCCCGCCUUCCCCUCCUGCUUCACCUGCGCUCCUGAAGCCUGGUGUCGGGCGGGGCGGGGCUCCCUGCUCAGCAGCCCUUAGUCGGACACUGCAGUAGGAGGUGGGUCAGCCUCGGUCGGGGGCGGUGAGGUCCAGAGGGCCUUUGGAUGCCACCCAAGUGCUUCUGGCUGCACUCGAAGGCCCGGCAGGUUCCAGCAUAUUUCACAAGUGCCUCCAGGGGGGCUCCUGUAGCGGGAAGGACUGUCCCAGGUACUGAUCUGCGGUCCCGCUCUUGCUGCCUCCCCAGGUGUCUGCCCGGGCACACCUUUCUUCUCCCCUCAGCUUCCUCUCUCCUCCCAGUUCUGGGUCUGAGAAAAACACUUGCUCAUCACAGCCUGGGGGGCACAGGGAGCCGCAGCUCGCCCCGCCCUCCCCAGCAGGCCCCGGGCCGUCUGCCCACCCUGCCCAGGCUCCGGGGUGCUGUUCCUGUGGCUUUGGAGCCCGCACCUUGGUACCUGCAGCUUCCGGCUCACUGUGCCCACAGUGCCCCCAGCUCCCCCUCCCUCACGGUCUGUCUCCCAGCAGAGAAGGUGGCACAUGGCAUCUGAUGGCGCUCCAAGAGGGGCCUGUGUUCUUGUGGGGGAACAGACGCUCGGUCAGGUUGAGGACUGAGUGUGAGCAUCUGCGUGGCGCCCCUGCCGGCAGCAGCGCAGUCCGUUCCCAGUACAUGGAACGUGGUGGGUGUCCAGCAGCAGCUGGGCUCCUCGAUGAGACAUUAGCGGUCAGAGGGACGGAUGGCCUAGGGUCCGGUCAGAGGCGUGAAGGGAGCUCGGGGCCGGAGAAGGCCCCCAGGGCUGCCUCCCUAAAAUCCCUGACGGUCACUGGGCACAGGCAGGCCUGGGCGGGGCUCCUGGGGGUCAUCCCCACCUGAACACAGCCAUGGUCCUGGGGGGUGCCCAAGGACGUGGGAAACAGAGGCACUUGGCUGGGGCCCCAGGCAGCUGCUGCUUCAUUCACACCCCUGCUGAGUCCGAGGGCGCUCAGCCGCCCCAUAUGCGCCCCAUCCUGGUGCCCAGGACGCUGUGCUCUGGUGGCUUCGGGAAGCUCAUCCCCUGCCUGGUGCUCCACCACCACUGCCCUCCUAACUCCUCGGAGCCCUCUCCCUGCCCAGAGCUCAUCAGGACCAGGGGGUGGGAGGGUGUGGGUGUGCAGGAUGGGAGCCAGGCAGAGCUGGCUGGGCCUGGCGGCUUUGUACCAACAGCGCUGGGGCAAAGCUGGAGCGUCUGAUGGGGUCACGCCGCCCUUCCUCCCCGGGCAGCGGCAGCCCCGUGCAGGGUGGCUGUGGCACAGAGCCCCUGGCCACCACUAGCUGGCUUCCUGUCUCUGUGAACUUGCACAUUCUGGGUCCCUCAUAGGAAUGGAGUCGCAGCAUGUGACCUUUGCGUCAGGCUUCUCUCAGCACAGCGUUUUCAGGGUUCGUCUGAACUGCUGCGUGGCCAGAUAAUACUCUUGUGUGGAUAAGGCCACUCUGUUCAUCCGUUCACCCGCUGCCGGAUGUUUGGAUCGUGGGGGCUGUUACGAGCGGUGCUGCUGCGAACAUCGAUGCACAAGUGUUUGUGUGAACUUAGGUUUUUAGUUCUCUUAGGGGUGAAAUUUCUGGGGGCCGUGGUGCCGCUAUGUUUACGUUCUUGAGGAGUAGCUGUGGUGUUUUCCUGUUGUUUUCCAUGGCACCCGUGCCUUUUUGCAGCCCCGCCACCAGCACGCAGGGCUCCUGUUUCUGCACACCCUCCGCCUGCCACCGUCUGUCUGCUGGACGCGCGCGUGCCGGUGAGGCGGUAUCUGGGUGAGGUUUUGACGUGAAUUUCCCUGAUGACUGGCGAUGCUGUGCGCCUCUCGUGUGCACGUGGGCUGUUUGUGUGUCUUCCUGGGAGAAACGUCCACUGAAAUCCUGUGCCCUUUUAAAACCUGUUACCUGUCUUUUUAUUGUUGAGCCGUACAAAUCCCUGUGUGUCCUGGAUAGCAGACCCUUUCCAGGUGUGCGAUUUACAGAUACGUCCUCCUGCUCUGUGGGUUGUCUUCAUUUUAUUGAUGAUGGCCUUUGAUAAAUGAAAGAUUUAACAUUUGAUGAAUCUGUUUUUCAUUUGUUGCUUGUGCUUUUGGUGUCGUAGUGAAGAAGCCGUUGCCUAAUGCAACGUCACAAAAAAUGCGUUUCCUCCUUUGUUUUCUUCGAAGACUUCUGUAGCUUCAGCUCUUAUGUUUAGAUCUUUGACCCAUUUUGAAGUAAUUUUUGUGUAAAGCUAUCUGGGGGUCCUUGUAAUUCUGUACGAGUUUUAGAACCGGCUUGUCCAUUUCCGCCCCCAAAAAAUGCAUUUGGGGUUUUGACAUUGACCGCACGGACCAGUUUGGAGAGCACUGCUGUCUCAGUGGAUCACCUCUUCCAGGCGCUGAGCACGGGGUGUCUUUUCACUUAGUUACGCCUUCUUUAGUUUCUUCCAACAGUGUUUUAUCAUUUUCAUUGUACAAGUCUUGUACUUCUUUUAGUUAAGUUUAUUACUGUUUUAUCCUUUUUGAUGCUAUUGUAAGUGGAAUUGUUUUAUUAAUUUUAUUUUUGGAUAAUUCACUGCUGUUAUAUAGAAAUACAACUGGUUUUUGUAUCAUG